UCCUCCGCCGAAUCCAACCUCCUCCAAAAACCCUCCGCCGCCAACAUCGUCCCUCUUCCUCACUCCUCAUCCACCCUCGACUCAAACGCCUCCUACGUCGAUAUAAUCAAUGCCAUGAUGACCGCCUCUUUCCCCUUCCUCCGCUCCUCCAUCGCCGCCACCACACCCCCUCCGGCAGCGCUGAUCGUUGACCUUUUCGGAACCCAAGCUCUCUCCAUAGCCCACGAACUCGGCAUGUUGGGCUUUGUUUUCAUGACCACUAGUGCUUGGUUCCUCUCUCUCCCCUUCUUUUACCCUUUCAUGGACAAACCAAUGAUUGACGCCCACGUGUACAACCAUGAACGUCUCAGAAUCCCGGGUUGCUCCCCGGUCCGCUUCGAAGAUACCAUCCAAGUGUUCGUGUUGAACCAGGAGGAUGUUUACGACUCAUUCGAAGCUUUCGCACGGGAACUUGGAACGGCAGAUGGAAUUUUAUCCAACACGUGGCAAGAUCUUGAGCCCAUAACGCUAAAAGCGCUAACUCAAUCUGGGACCCUAGGUGAACGAAAAGCCAACCAAGUACCGAUUUAUCCAAUUGGGCCGUUGACUAGAAAUGGUGAGCCCAACUUAGAGAGUGAGGUGUUGAAGUGGCUUGACCGGCAACCGGAUGAGUCGGUGAUAUAUGUGUCGUUUGGGAGUGGGGGGACGUUACGUGUAGAGCAAAUCAUAGAAUUGGCGUGGGGGUUGGAGCUGAGUCAGCAGCGGUUUGUUUGGGUGAUACGACCGCCAGAAGGGACAGAUUUCAUGGGAACAUUUUUCACGGCGGGAAUUGGAUCGAAAGACGAUUCGUCGCCGGAAUACUUGCCGGAAGGGUUUAUAGAAAGGACGAGAGAGGUGGGUUUCGUGGUCCCAAUGUGGGGACCACAGGCGGAGAUUUUGAGCCACAAAUCGGUGAAGGGAUUUAUGACGCACGGUGGAUGGAACUCGUCGUUAGAGAGUAUAGUGAACGGAGUGGCGAUGGUGAUGUGGCCAUUGUACGCAGAGCAGAAGAUGAACGCGACGGUGCUGACGGAGGAGGUGGGGGUGGCGGUGAGGGUGAGGACGGAGGGAGUGGUGGGGAGGGAAGAGAUAGAGAGGAAGGUGAGGAUGAUAAUGGAAGAUGAAGAAGGUCGGGAAAUUAGAGAGAGAAUUAAAGAGAUUAAAAUUAGUGGGGAAAAAGCCGUCGAUAAAGGUGGGUCAUCGUAUGAUUCUUUGGCUUGUGUGGCUUCAGAAUGCGAUAUUUUCCGGCGCCGAAGAGACGAAGAGUGUUAGUCCUUA